AUGUUGCUUUCAAUACUCCUCUCCCCGGUCGUCCUCUUCGCCUCAAUCACCACCCUCCUCUACCUCGUUUACCGCUCCAUCGCCCUCUCCCUCGCACGCCGCCGCUUUGCCCGCGACCAUGGCUGCCAACCCGCCGCCGCCCUCAAGAUGCGCGACCCUAUCCUCGGCCUGGACGUCCUCCUCGCCAGCAUCACAGCCGGAAAAGAGCACCGCCUCCUCGACAUGCUGACCGCCCGCUUUGCCGAGACGGGCAGCGAGACCUUCACCUCCAAACGACUGGGCGCGCCUGCACUCAUGACCAUGGCCCCCGCCAACGUCAAAGCCAUCCUCUCCACGCGCUUCGACGACUUUGCCAUCGGACCGUUCCGGCAGCCCGCACUGCACGGCUUCCUCGGCGACGGCAUCUUCACCACCGACGGCAGCCACUGGGCCGCCUCGCGCGCCAUGAUCCGCCCCAACUUCGUCCGUGACCAAGUCGCCGACCUCAACGCCUUCGAGUCGCACAUCGAGGACCUGCUGGCUGCCAUUUCGUCCGCCACCGCCAAGCAGCCGUUCUUCGACCUCCAAGAGCUCUUUUUCAAAUUCACCAUCGACUCGGCCACCGAGUUCCUCUUCGGCAAGAGCGUCCGAAGCCUCCAUCCCAGUAGCGAUCAUGGCAACGCAGAGGCCCGCUUCGCGGAGGCCUUCACCGCCGCCCAGGCCGAAGGCCUCGACCUGAUCCGCCUCGGCCCGCUGGCGCAGCUCGUCGGGUCUAACCGCGCGCGCAUCAGCACGGGCGAGCGCGCCGUCGAUGUCGUGCACGCCUACGUCGAUCAGUUCGUCGACGAGGCGGUGCGCUUCCGGGAAGAGGAGGACAAGAAGAAGAAAUGGGAAGCAGGUCGUCGAGUCGCCCCCGGCACGGACAACGGCGUCUUCUCGCAGGAGAAGCAAGAGGACAGCUCCAAGGACGAGAAGAAAUACGUCUUCCUCCACGAACUGGCCACGCGCACAACCGACAAGCACCGCCUGCGCUCCGAGCUCCUCAACGUCCUCCUAGCCGGCCGCGACACCACCGCCAGCCUCCUCGGCAACCUCUUCUUCGUCCUCGCCCGCCAACCCGACGUCUGGCGCAAACUCCGCGCCGAAGUCACAUCCACCCUGCACGGCCGCCGCCCCACGUACGAAGAGCUCCGCAACAUGAAGUACCUGAAAUGGUGCCUGAACGAAUCCCUCCGCCUCCACCCCGUCGUCCCCCUCAACACGCGCAUCUGCACCGCCGACACCAUCCUCCCCACCGGCGGAGGCCCCUCCGGCCGCUCCCCCAUCUUCGUCCCCCGCGGCACCAUCGCCUCCUGGAACCUCCACGCCAUGCACCGCCGCCCGUCCGUCUUCGGGCCCGACCCCACAGCCUUCCGCCCCGACCGCUGGGAACGCCUCCGCUGCGCCGGCUGGGAGUACCUCCCCUUCAACGGCGGGCCCCGCGUCUGCGUCGGCCAGCAGUACGCCCUCACCGAGGCGGCGUACGUCGUCGUCAGGCUCGCGCAGGAGUUUGCGGAGCUCGUGCCGCGCGAUCCGCGCGAGGAGUGGCGCGAGCAGCUGGCGUUGACGCUGUGCGCGGGCGGCGGCGUGUGGGUGAGGUUCGAGAAGGGGGAGGCCGGGGCGGGGACGGAGGCGGAGGCGGAGGUGUGA